UUGGGCUCCAUGCGCCAUUUUAGCGCGUCCACGGCCAUCCGGUAAGAUGGUCUCCGCGCUUUGUCUCCACUGACUGGAGUUGUUCCGCUUAUUUUGUGGACUUGUGUCGCUUUCCUAUCGCCAAACAUCGCCACCUGAGGUCCAUCGGAACUGCCUGCACCGAGAACAAAGCCCGUCUUCGUGUAUCAAGAAAUGACGACCGCAGUCAGCAGGUAAAAUGAGUCAGCCUAUUCCUGAAUCCAGUCAAGACCAAAUGGCUGAAAACACAGAGGAGCCUUGUAGCUCCGCGGAAACAACUCACUCCUCUUCCCGUAACAAGAGGAAGCCCAAUACUGUAGAUAAGGUUGCUGUUCAGAAUGACUCUGGCAAAUCUGACGACAGCGAAAAUGAAGCAGCCACUUCUGACAGUAAUACAGGCAGCACAUCCAAAGGCACCUUAGUGUUGCGCCCUUCAGGGAGUGAAAAUAAAGGCACUUUGAAGUUCAGAGUGGAUUACAAACAGAAAGCUCCAGAUGACACACUUCAACGGAAGAUAAACUGCACAGCCUGUGGAAAGCAAGUUAACCAGUUUCAACGAAACUCUGUGUACCAGCACCCUGCUCUUAAAGUGCUUAUUUGCAAGUCAUGUUACAAUUAUUACAAGAGUGAUGACAUCAGUAGAGACUCCGAUGGAAUGGACGAGCAGUGCAGGUGGUGUGCCGAAGGCGGAAAACUCAUUUGCUGUGAUUACUGCAACAACGCUUUCUGCAAGAAGUGCAUCCUUCGCAACCUGAGCAGAAGAGAGUUAUCAGCCAUCACUGAUGAGAACUCCAAAUGGCACUGCUAUGUGUGCAAGCCUGAACCCCUCCAGGAUCUGAUCUCCAAGUGUAACGGCAUCUUGGCAAAAAUCGACAAUGACAAAACCAAGCAGCGCAAAUCCAGUAAAGGCGAGGGACGCAAGAGCAAGACGUGUAAUAGCAGUGAAGUCAAAGGGCAAAAAGUGGUUGUAAACGGGAAGGAACACGCCGACGGCUCAGGGACCAUAUCGUUCUCUAACAAAAAACUGCAGAUACCCAAAGAACUCUUAAAGAAAACAAAAAAGCUGGUUGAAACCACGACCGGUUUAAACAAUACAUUCAUCCAGUUUGGGCGGCAGGUUGCUGCCGAGCAAGACGACAAGUCUGUCCGGUACAGGCAUUUGAAAGCAUUCAAGGCGGUUCUUUCUGAUUUGAAAAAAGCCCACGCUGCUUUGGAGGAGGCCUUGGAGCCGGUGUUCAGAAGUAUGGAACUGCAGAAUGGCGACAAAGGACAACAUCAAGUCCGAAAAAGCAAGGAGGCGGUGCACCCCGUCGACAAGGACGACGAUAAGGCGGACUCAACUGGGGAAUCUGACACGGUGCAGAAGCUGCACGAAGAGCACAAUAAGGAGCCAGCAGCUGCGUGCAAAACACCUCAGGAGGAGCAUCCCAACCAGGACGAUGCCAACCAGGAUGUUGAGGCAAAGGAGGAGCCAGUCGAGACUCCGUGCAACACACUGGAAAGCUCGCCGGAUGAGGAACCGGAAAAGGAACUGCAAAAGGAACCAGUUAGUAAAGGCAGCAGAGCAGAAGAUUUCACCGGAAAUGUGGUUAAAAGAGAAGGUGGUGGAGAGCUGCUCUCUCCUGGCGAAAUAUCACUUGAUCAUGACAUCAUGUCUGUUCCUCCUUCAGUUCCGGACGAGCUUUUUCAGAUGGUGGAAAGUCUUGCUGAUCCCCACAUGCUGGCUCAGACCGAUUCGACUUCGGCCGCAGACGCGGGUCCAAAAGAAAAUGGACGCCCCCAACAGAAAGUGAAGAACCUCAUCGUUAAACUGACUCCGGUGCCGACUGUGAAGACAAGUAGGUCAAAGUCCUCCAGGUCCAAAAGCCAAGAACAAGAUGAGAAAAAUGGUGGUUCUGAUACAAGAGAUAAACCAGCCAGCCCACCACCCAAUCGGCACUCCAGUAGAGUGAAGACCACUCCCUUGAGGAAGCAAGCUGUUAAGAACUCCUCCGAAUCAGAGGAGGAGUCCGAGAAGGAAAAGAGUGACGAGUCCACAUCCUCCAAGAAAUCGAGUCAGGCUAAGAAAGAAGAUAAGAAGCGGAGUAAUACUUCCUUGUCAGAAAAAAAUGCAGGGGACUCUGACUCCGAUGAUGUACCUGACAUAUUGCUGGAAAAGGUGGCAGAAUGCAAUAGCAGUGAUGAGGAGAAAGAAAUGCCCAGUUCUAGAAAACGUCUGUUCAAAGAGAAACCCUCAGCAGAUACAGACCAAACAUCCAAACGCAAGAGGAAGGCAGAAGGCUCAGAGUCAGACAUGGAAAGUAAAGGCAAGAAGGCAUCAAAGAAGAAAAAACAUGUCUCCGACUCUACCGACUCGGAGCAUGACAAAGUGAGAACGGCAAAGAGGCGAUCGAGCCGCGUGACGAAACAAAAUAAAUCAAAGGAGCAAGACAAACCCGAGAAGAAGGCCACACCUGUGAAAAAAUCGUACGAGAAGAAGCGCAAAGGAAGGAGCUCCACAGCCGUUUCCAAGGUGGGGUCGUCCUCCAGCGAGGAUGAGGAAGAGCAGCAGGCUGACGACGACUUUGGAGACGACAGCGACCAGCCGACGUUCAACUCUGCGAUGGAAGACGACGGUGAUGAAAUGCCUGUCAAACAAGAAGCCCCUCAAAUUGGUGACGAUGACGACGACGAUGAUGAUCCAGAGAACAGAAUCGCAAAGAAAAUGCUUCUCGCCCAGAUUAAGUCCAAUUUUUCCUCUGGGGCUGAGAGCUCCUCGGAAAAUGAAGAUGAAGACGUGAACAAGAAGCCCUCCAAAAAAGUUAAAAAAGAGGAAGAUGACGACGAGGAACAGCAAGAUUCAGAAGACUCCAGUUCUGAUGUAGAGGUGAAGAAGAGUGGUCGACGGCACAAGUUGCUUCGUCACAAGCUCUCGCUGAGUGAGGCAGAGUCAGAUGACGACAAAGAUGACAAAGCAGAAAAGAGCAAGAAGUCGGUCAAGAAGAAGAGAGAAAAUAAAAAAGUGGACAGCGACGAUUCGGCAGAUUCUGACUUCAAGAACUCAGCAUCCAGUGGGGAGUCGGUGAUGAGCGAAGCACUCAGUGAAUCGGACAAUGGCGAGAAGCGUCGAAAGACAAGAGCUUCGAAGAAAAAGGAUGAUGAGAAGCAGAAAGCUCAGAAGAAGAAGCGACGUAGAAUCAAAGUACAGGAUUCCUCCAGCAAUGAGAAGAGUGGAGACGAAGACGACGACGACCCAGAUGGAGAAGAUCGCAAAGGGCGCAAAAAAAUCCGCAAAAUCCUCAAGGAUGACAAGCUGCGAACGGAGACGCGGGAUGCUCUGAAAGAAGAAGAAGAUAGGCGGAAACGUAUAGCGGAAAGAGAAGAGCUGAGGAAGAAACUCCGAGAGACGAUUGUGCUGGUAGAGUCUUCCGAGGUGACAUGUCCCAUAACCACCAAGCUGGUUCUGGAUGAGAAUGAAGAGACCAAGGAGCCAAUCGUGCAGGUGCACGGAAACCUCGUCACCAAGUUGAAACCUCACCAAGUUGACGGGGUGCAGUUUAUGUGGGAUUGUUGCUGUGAGUCUGUGAAGAAGAUUGAGAAGUCACCUGGCUCUGGUUGCAUCCUUGCCCAUUGUAUGGGCCUGGGAAAAACACUUCAGGUGGUGGCAUUUCUUCAUACUUUGCUUCUUUGUGAGAAGCUCAACUUCUCAACUGCACUGGUGGUUUGUCCCCUCAACACUGUCCUUAAUUGGGUCAACGAGUUUGAGAAAUGGCAACAUGGGAUGAAAGAUGAUGAGUGUUUAGAGGUGACGGAGCUGGCCACAGUCAAGAGGCCGCAGGAGCGAUCGUUCGCUCUCAAGCAAUGGCAUGAUUUAGGGGGUAUUAUGAUCAUUGGCUAUGAGAUGUACCGAAACCUGACACGGGGAAAGAAUACCAAGAGUAAGAAACUGAAAGAGAUAUUCCUGAAGACUCUGGUAGACCCAGGUCCCGACCUGGUGAUAUGUGACGAAGGUCACAUCUUGAAGAAUGAGGCGUCAGCUGUGUCCAAAGCCAUGAACUCCAUUAGGACAAGGAGGAGGGUUGUGCUGACUGGGACGCCUCUUCAAAACAACCUCAUUGAAUACCACUGCAUGGUGAACUUCAUUAAGGAGAACUUGCUCGGAUCCGUUAAAGAGUUCCGCAAUCGUUUCAUCAACCCCAUCCAGAACGGGCAGUGUGCCGACUCCACGAUGCAAGAUGUCCGUAUCAUGAAGAAGAGGGCUCACAUCUUGUAUGAGAUGUUGGCUGGUUGUGUGCAGAGGAAAGAUUACACGGCCCUCACAAAGUUCCUGCCUCCCAAGCACGAGUAUGUGUUGUCUAUCAGAGUUACUCCACUCCAGUGUAAACUCUACAGAUACUACCUGGAGCACUUUACUGGUGUGGGAAAUGCUUUGGAGGGAGGCCGAGGCCGCGCAGGAACCAAACUCUUUCAGGAUUUCCAGAUGCUCAGCAGAAUCUGGACCCAUCCCUGGUGCCUUCAGCUGGAUUACAUCAGUAAAGAAAAUAGGGGUUUCUUUGACGAAGACAGUAUGGAGGAAUUCAUUGCCUCAGAGUCUGAAGAGUCGUCCCUUAGUCUGAGCUCAGAGGAUGAAAAGCAGAAAAAGAAAAAGAAGAAAGGCAAGGGAAGAAAGAAGGGAUCUGAUGACUCCGAUAGCGAUGAUGUGGAAGUCAUCAAGGAGUGGAACACCAGUUCUCGGGGCAGGAAUGGAGAGGGGCGAAACAGGGCCGAGCCUGUGGAAGAGCAACCGGAACCCUCUGGCUCGGCACCAGGGAGUCCCACCGCCGACUGGCACAAGGAGUUUGUCACCGAGGCCGAUGCUGAAAUCUUGGAACACUCUGGAAAAAUCACCAUCCUCUUUGAGAUCCUGCGCAUGGCAGAGGAAGUGGAAGAUAAAGUGUUGGUGUUUAGUCAGUCCCUUAUCUCGUUGGACCUGAUUGAGGAUUUCCUGGAGUUGUCUUGCAGAGCUGCAGAUGAAGACAAGAUCUCACCGUACAAAGGUGAGGGCAAGUGGUACAGGAACAUUGACUACUAUCGUCUGGAUGGCUCCACCAACGCCACCACCAGGAAGAAGUGGGCUGAGGAGUUUAAUGACCCUGAAAACACAAGGGGUCGUUUGUUCCUCAUUUCCACACGAGCUGGCUCGCUUGGCAUCAACUUGGUGGCGUCCAACAGAGUCAUCAUCUUUGAUGCCUCCUGGAAUCCUUCAUUUGAUAUCCAGAGUAUCUUCAGGGUGUAUCGUUUUGGUCAACUCAAGACGGUAUUUGUCUACAGAUUCCUGGCACAGGGCACAAUGGAAGAAAAAAUUUAUGACCGGCAGGUUACCAAACAGUCUUUGUCAUACCGUGUGGUGGACCAGCAGCAGAUUGAAAGGCACUUUACUAUGAACGAGCUGGCAGAGCUCUAUACAUUUGAGCCUGAUAUGCUGGACGAUCCCUCAGAGAAGAAGAGUAAGAAAGCCACGCCCAUGCUCCCAAAGGACCUCUUCCUGGCCGAGUUGCUGCAAACCCACAAGGACCAGAUUGUGUGCUAUCAUGAGCACGACUCGCUGUUGGACCACAAAGAAGAGGAGGCCCUGAGCGAGGAGGAUCGCAAAGCAGCCUGGGCUGAAUACGAAGCAGAGAAGAAGGGUUUGACCAUGAGGAACAAUUACCAGGUACAGCCUCAAAUGGGCUCCUCCACCAUGUUCUCCCACUACAACAUGGCGGCUUUGGCCACCAUGACCAACCAGCAGCUGGAGGACCUUAUCAACCAAGGGCGACUGAAGGUCAUCGAGGCAACAAAUGCGCUGAAGAGUUUACAACGAGACUCACUGGAAGAUACUAUCGCACGAAUUUGGAAAGAGAACGCCAGUCUUACUGAGAGCCAGGUCCAAUCUUUGGCUAUGGCCCAAAUGGCCUCUGUGGAAAUGGAGGCCAAACGCAGGGAAGCUAUUUACAGAGAAACUCUCACCAUGCAGCAGUCGCUGAUGAUGUACGUCCAGAAGGUGAUAAACAACAGGAAGGUCCAAGAGCAGCAACUGGCCAUGGCCAACCAGACCACCCUCUUGAACAUGGCCCUGCAGAAUGGCAUGCUGGGAGGAAACAGGCUCAGCCACAUGGACCUGCUGGGUCUUUACCAGCAGUUGCACGGCAUGAACCCCCACGCCGCCAUGGGCAAGAAUCCCGGGCCCUCCAAGGGCCUGUAGGUCACACCGUCUCUCUGCUACUGAGUGGGCCCAGCCCAAGCCGGGCCUCUCUCUCUCUCUCCUUAUGAGUCAGAUGAGAGCCCCAGAAAAAAGUGGAGGCCGGACCGCUAUCCACUGAAGUCGCAAUUCUGUCGUCCACCGGGAGUCAGCGGAACCCAAUGUAAAAAUGACUGUUUGAAAGGGGUCUAUUUGGGGAAACUCGUCAGAAAUACAAAGUGUACAUACCGCCUUAAUGUUAUUCAAGUUCUAUAUAUUCAUUUUUUUCAUGUAUUUAAAGUUAAGUCUCUUCUAGUUGUUGUUUUUUUUGUUGCACCGUUUGAAAGCGUUGCGUUGUUUCCCCCCUUAAAAAAGGGGUUCAUCCAAGUUUAAACACCGUUUUUUAUAAUGGUACUACUCUAAAACCCCAUCGGGACCAGUGUGGUUGGUGACAACCAGUAGAUUCCUAUACUAAUCAAAGAAAAUGGCGUGCCCAUUUAAAAAAACAAAAAAAAAAGAAAAGAAAAUGGUGAUGACCUCACUUGAGUUUUUAAAAAACCCUACCCACCACGGUUUAUUUGUUUCUCGCAACACACGGCUGGUGUUGGAAUGCUUGUGUUGUUCAAAACUGCCUACUGGUCCCUGUGACCAUUUCUUUUCACAUUGUCAUUCUCACUGUUUAGUGUGAUGUCUAGCAUAGCGCUGUGCGUCCUCGUCAUUGUUUUUAUGUUCCACUCGUGCUGCUCCAUGCCUGAGUGGCUUGGUUGACUGACUGACUGACUGACUGGCUGGCUCUCACAAAGCACAACCGGUGCAGCUCAUGCUCCAGUCUAGCAUGGAGGCUUGAAAGUGUGCGAGCGUGCGUGCGUGCGUGCGUGCGUGCGUGCGUGCGUGCGUGCGUGCAUGUGUGCAGGCUGGCUUUGUGACACCUCAGUCUCACCUGCCGGCUCUUUUUCGGACAACUUGCUGCUUGUUCUCGGACACGAUCUGCUCCAAACUGGCGUCGGCGUGCUGUUAACGAGGGCUUGUGUGGGGCGAGAGAAGCCUGUUGUCUCUCCAUGGCUCCUGUGUUUGCACAAGGUGUAUUUCAUAUACAUGUAGACUGUUUUUGCCCUUUUAAGAAUGUUCUUAUGUUAGCAAAUACACCACAAUUUGCCAUGUUGAUCUAAUCUGCUAUUAUCUUGCUAAGUAUUUAAUAUAACAUUUAAUAAAGUGACCAAAAGGACGGGCUAAUCUCA